AUGGGAUGUGGGCGAGGACGGGACGAGUCUGGCAAGUCGGGCAAGGGGAACAAAUCGGGCAAGUCGGGCAAGUCGGGCAAGUCGGGCAAGUCGGGCAAGGCGGGCAAGGCGGGCAAGGCGGGAUCAUUGUCUACUGGUGGUGGUCGGAAGAAGGGCAAGAAGAAGAGCACCACACAUGAAUCGCCUUUGUUUAUGAAGACUAUCAAAGGUCAUGGUGGUGAGGUCUACUCGGCGAGCUUUGUGGCAAAGGGCAUGGUGCUGGCUACCACUUCAAGUGAUCGGACGGUUCAGUUUCAUGCCACAACGGCAAAGACUCUCAAGGCGGCUUCGAUGCCUGUCAAGGUCAUGCCUAUCGAGCUGGAUGAGGUCAAGUGUUUGGCAAGUGUUCCUGAUGCUGACGUCGCCGUCGGACUCUCUGGUUACGCUGGUGAUGUGGUUGUAUUUGAUCUCUCGUUCAGCGCAUGGCUGGCAAGCUCAAGCUCGCGCGAUCCGGUUGCCACCGAGCGGACGCGCUUCCAGCCUGGCCAUCGGGACGACAUUCUCAAGCUGCUGCUGUGGGGCGGUGCAAAUGCGGCGCCGGUUGUCGUUACUGUCGGCCGCGACACCCUUGUCCGCAUCCACUCGACCUCGGGCACCGAGCUCGCUGUCCUCGACACCAAGCAGAUGCGGAACAACAACGCAGCUGUCUCUGCCGAUGGGCGCUUCUUUGCCGUCGCCGCCUUUACCUCGGACGUCAAGAUCUAUGAGGCCGUCCGCGACAAGGCCGGCGCAUUCACCGGCGUCGAGCUGGCCAUGGACCUCGGUGGGCACACACGGUCGGUCAACUUUGUCUCGUUCUCGGCCGAUGCCUGCAGGGUUGCCACCCUCUCGCUCGAUGGCUCGUGGAUCCUGUGGGACAUCGACGUCCGCUACAUGGUCAAUGAGGAUCCACACAUCCUGCACGUCGCCGCCCUCGACGACGCCGGCCUCACUGCCGAUGCCAUCCACGUCUUUGAGCUCUCCCCCGACGGCAACACCCUUGCAUUUGCUAUCAAUGCCGACAUCAUGCUCUUCGACGCCAACUCGGGCGAGGCCAUCGCCACUAUCACCGACGCCCACGGCGAGAGCAUCCGCAUCACCUCGCUCGUCUGGCACCCGUCGUCCAAGGCCCUAAUCUCCACCGCCGCCAUGGACAAGCACGUCCGCCUGUGGAAGACCUCGUAA